AUGGCGAGUGGCAGCAACAAGGAACCCAAAGUGGGAUCAGGUGACGAGGCCGCUAGCUCGGCAGGUCCGCCAGGGGUGGCAGCGGCGCCGCCACAAGGAGCUGAGCCCGGGGACGAUGAGGCGGCGGCGGCCGUGCUGGCUGCUGCCCCCACCAGGCCAUACUACGAGUGCGUCUUCUGCAAGCGCGGGUUCACCACGGCGCAGGCUCUCGGCGGGCACAUGAACAUCCACCGCCGCGACCGUGCCAAACCCAGCGUCCGCGACGCUCCCAGCGGCACCACCACAUCAGCGUCUCCAAACGUCGAGUGCUAUAAUCAGUAUUACAGCCACCGCCUGCCGUAUCCCACAGUGCCUCCGGCGACGGCGACGCCGAUGAGCACGAGCGGAAGUUUCACGCUAGCGUACUACCAGCAACAGGGCACAGGGAAUUCGACCGGGGUCGCGCAUGCGGAUGCCUCCGUGAACCCUAGCAGUGCUAGCCCGAGGGAGCUCAGCCUGUUCGGUGCGGCAGCUCGUGACCGUGACUUGCACGGCGGCGGUGGCGACGGGUCUGGCGUGGCGCCAGAAGGGUCGGAUCGGCAGGCAGUUGAUGGAUCUGAGAACAACAGGAUAACAACUGACGCUAAAGCCUCGGGAAUUUCAGAAUUUAAGUUUUCUAACACUCAACUUGGCAUUUUCAGCGGAUACACAUUGCAACGUCCUCAUGGCAUUUUAACUUGUGUCCCCAUGGCAAUUUAA